AUGGAGCGCUCUCAGAGCCGCAUCAGCCUGUCCGCCUCCUUCGAGGCGCUCGCCAUCUACUUCCCCUGCAUGAACUCCUUCGACGAGGACGAUGCAGAUGCGGAGGGACGCAGGUUGAAGGGCAUCCAGAGGAGCACAGAGACAGGUCUGGCCGUGGAGAUGCCCAGCCGCACUGUCCGGCAGGCCAGCCACGAGUCCAUAGAGGACAGCAUGAACAGCUACGGGUCAGAGGGCAAUCUGAACUACAGUGGGAUGUGUUUGGCCUCAGACGCUCAGUUUAGUGACUUUCUGGACGGGAUGGGUCCGGCGCAGUUUGUGGGCAGACAGACUCUGGCCACGACGUCGAUGGGUGAUGUGGAGAUUGGUCUGAUGGAAAGGAAUGGACAGCUGGAGGUGGAGAUCAUUCAGGCAAGAGGACUCAUCAUGAAGCCUGGAUCCAAAGGGCCACCAGCGGCUUACAUAAAAGUGUACCUCCUGGAGAACGGUAUGUGUGUAGCCAAGAAGAAGACGAAGUCUGUGCGGAAGUCGCUGGACCCUCUUUACAACCAGGUCCUCGUCUUCUCAGAGAGUCCGCAAGGAAAGGUCGUGCAGAUCAUCGUCUGGGGAAACUACGGCCGGAUGGAUCGCAAGUGCUUCAUGGGCGUGGCCCGCAUCCUGCUGGAGGAGCUGGAUCUGACCAGCAUGGUGAUUGGCUGGUACAAGCUGUUCCCCACCUCCUCCAUGGUGGACCCCACGAUGGCCCCCCUAAUUCGACACUCGUCCCAGCUCUCCCUGGAGAGCACGGUGGGGCCGUGCUGCGAACGCUCGUAAGACGGCCGGCCGAGCUUUCGUUUUUGUUUUUUUCUCUCCGAAAGGGCUCUCGAGGCCCCUUUACCUUACAGCGCUGGUUGUGCAUGCCGCAGCUGAGCCGUCUGGAGCCUUCUGGAGCUCUCUAGAAUCCUCUAGAACGUAGAACCUUCUGGAAAAUUCUGAGCCUGAGCGCAGGUUCCCGAAGAAGGGUUCUUUUUUUCUCUC